AAAACGUCCCCGUGGAGUUGCGGGAGCCGCUCUACAAAGACCAGUACAAGCAGGAGCACCUGAAGCCGGCCGUCUCCAAGCUGCUUCUCUCACCGGAGAUCUACUGCCGAGCCCAGGCCCUGCUCACCCAGGCACACGGGGUCUCCGUGCCCGCAUUGCAGGGGUCACCCGCCGACAACUCCGCCCUGCUGCAGCACCUCAUAAAGAAAGGUUUCGCUCCAAAGGUCCAGGAUGUAGAUGUCACCGAGGAGGAUCUCAGCAGCGUCCCCAUCAAGACGAAAUCCCACCUUGCCCUGAUUGACUCUCUGAUGUCACUGGCCGCCGAAGAGACGGUGGGCCGGGUUAAGAUGGCGUUGGAGGCGGAGCAGAUGGGUGUCGGGGCUCCAUGGGAAAACGCUCUGCUCUUCUGGGUCAACAGGCUGAACCAGAAAUUGAGAGAAAGCACAGAAGAAGAGGAGCCGCUCAAACCUCAGACGUGCACAGACCUGCAGCCUGUUCAGGACACGUGUCCAUCCAACCGCUGGUACUGGAAACUAGUCCCCCAUGCUAUCGCUUUUUGUUUGAAGGAGUCGGGGAAUAAGCCGCCAGUGAUCCGUUACAGGAAGGACAAAGUGCAGUCUAAGCUGACUCCCACUUUCCCUCUGGUUUCUGCGGUCAAGGAUCUGUCUAAUGGCUGUGCUAUAGCUGCUGUGCUGCACUACUACUGCCCCAGCCUGCUGCCUCUAGAGGAUGUGUGUCUGAAGGACACCAUGUCAGUGGCGGACAGUCUCUACAACCUGCAGCUGAUCAAAGAGCUUAGUGAGAGCAGUUUACAGAGCUGCUGCCCCCUGGCUGUGGAGGACCUGCUCUACGCGCCUCCAGUUCUUCAU